AUGUCCCGAAAUGCUCUCUCACCGGAGGCACCGUCCAUACCUGUUGUAACAACAACAACAACAGCAGCAGCAGCAGCAGCAGCAAACCCAAAAUGGAACACGAAGCAACUCGGUCUCCGGCUAGGCGUGGACGUCGCCAGCGCCGCUGCCGCAGGCGCCCUGACUUGUCCCGUCAUCACGGUGAUUGAUCGCGCCAUCAUCGAAAAAGCCGCCAAGGGCCUCCCCAUCCGCACCACCAUUUCCGCCGGCUUCGCCUCCAUCCUGUCCGCCCCGCGCGCCUUCCUCGCCAGCACCCCCUUCCUCCUCAUCUAUACCCUCUACAGCGCGACCUACCUCACCGCUAACGUCAUGGAUACCCUGACCGCCACGCUGCGCGAUAAACCCGCCGAGACCGUGUUUGCCGGGCCUGCCAAGUUCCUGAGUACCACUGUUGUGAAUAUGGGGAUCUGUGUGUAUAAGGAUGCGAGGUUUGCGAGGAUCUUUGGGUCGAAGACGCCGACGCCGACGUCGCCGGCAGUGGGGACUGGCGCGGGUGCUGCUGGCGCGAGUACAUGCCAUCCGACCGCGGCGCAGGUGCCCAAGGUCUCGUACGCGCUGUUCUGUCUCCGCGACAGCAUCACCAUCUUCGCCUCGUUCAAUGUGCCGCCGCUGCUUGCCCCGCAUAUCCCCGACUCGCUGGCCGCGACGCCGCACAGCAAGGCUGCCGUCGCGCAGUUCGCGUGUCCCGCGCUCAUGCAGUUCGCCAGUACGCCGAUGCAUCUGCUCGGCCUGGAUCUGUAUAACCGGCAGCCUGUGGGGGGCCUGGGGUGGCGCGAGCGCGUGGGGAGGAUUCGCCGGGACUAUGUACCGAGUUGUUUUGCGCGCAUGGGCAAGAUUGUGCCGGCGUAUGGGGUGGGUGGGGUUGCGAAUGUGAGGUUGAGGGAAGGGAUGAUGAAGUGGUUGCAGGGUUGA